AUGCAUCAAGACUAUAAAGUAAGUUGUAGCGAUAUAAAAAUUACAAAACAUGAUGAAGGGAUCGAAAAUUUAUGUGAUAUUACUAGUAAGGUAAAAGAAAGUGAAUGCUUAAUAUAUGAAAAUAAUGAUCCACAAAAAAUGGCUAAAUCAUAUUUAGACAAAUAUCUUGUAGAUAUAAAUAAUUAUCAAAAUAAUCCAAACUGUAAAAUAAAUCCCAAAUUAUAUCUAGAUAAUACAAAAGAAAUAAAAAAUUUUAUUAUUAAGGAAAAAAUAUGUGUCAAUACAUAUUAUCAAUAUAUAGAUGUAUAUAAAAAUUUAAAUUCUAAGUCUGAAGAAAUAAAAAAUGAGAAACCAGUUACAACAAAUGAGCAAGUAUUAAACGAUAUGGCAAAUAAUCAAAAUGUAAAUAUUCCACUCUCUAGUAAACAAAAUUAUAAUUCAAAAUAUAACAUAAUUAAUAUGAAAUAUAUAAUGCCAAAGAUUGUAAAUACUCAAAUUCCUGUUAUUGUAAAAAAAAAAGUAUAUCCAGAAAUAGAAACAACUAAUGAAGAAAUCGAAAUUGAAGUGGAAAAAUAUGUACCUCAUAUAAUUCCUGUCAAUGUUUAUGUCCCUCGAUAUUUUUCAUUAUCUGCUUUAGAAGGAGAAGAAGUUCAAGUUGAAGUCAAAGAGAUUGAAUUGACAGAAGAACAAGAAGAAAAUAUUAUUAAAGAAUUAAAUCCACAUUUAGAGGAUAUAAAAAUGUUUAAUGAAGAACAAACUAAAAAAAUAAAACAAACUUUAAAUAUAUCAAAAUUAAAAGCAGACAAAUUUAAAAUAAAACAACCUGAACAUGAACUUAUUGUUUAUUAUGAUGAUGGUACUAGCCAAUCUUUCGAUUUUGAAAUGUUUGAAAAGUUCAGAGAAAUAUCUCUCAAGGGGUUGUAA